UAUUAAGUAUAAGCUGCCCUUUUCUCGGCACCUUUCUAUAUAAACUGCCGCCCCUAAUAUCAUACCGCCCUAGGCCCGGGCCUACUCGAGCCUUAGGGCAAAUCCACCACUGCAUCUCCGUGAGUAUAAAUAAUGCACGUAAUACAUUAAAUUAAUAAACUUAAAUUAAAUAAUUUUCUGGCUGACUGUAUAUGACUACGUUCUUGAACAUUUACUCUUUGUCUUGAACGCACCUAUAACGCGCUAUAGAACUAUGGAAGGUAGAGGCAAGGAACAGAAUCUCUAUAGGCAGAACUAUUUCAAAGGUGUCCAGCUGUCAGCUAUAAAUAAUAGUUCCAAAUCUCUCCAGAGUAGCGCUAGAGUAGCUAAGAACCUAGGCGUUAUUAACGGAGUGAAGUGCGCUGUCUAUGAUUAGAUUUUUUUCUUAAGUAUUCUAGGUAUUGUAACGCCACUUAUUUAUGGUUUUUUUUCGGGCACUUUAUGGUGUAUGGAGAUUUUGUUCCUUGCCUCUACCUUCUAUAAUAGAACUUCACAUCACGAUGACAGCACUGUCAGCUUUCACAUGUCUGUCACUGUCAAUGUCAAUAUUCAUAACAUAACCUAUAUAUGUAUAACCUCUAAAGCCUAGCGCUCACCAACCAAAGCGCGAAUGUUUACUAUUUUAAUAAGGACUUUGUAUUAUAAAUUAGCUGAACAAUCCAAUAAACCUCAAUAUGUCUGCCGAAGAACGCAAUGGCGAUAAAUCUAUCAUUAACUUCCUCAAAACAAAUGUUCCCAAAUCGGACCAAGCCAACAUCGAAGCAGAGUUGAAGAAGGACUUUCUUUUGGCUAAAAAGAAGAGUAAAAAGCCCCAAAAGAAAGUUAAAACUAAGAAAAUUCGUACUUUAACGAGACGUGAGAAAAAAUGUUUAGGUUUCUAUGACAUACCAAGAUGUAGUGUUAAAUACGAAGAUGUCCUUCCUAUGCACAAUAUAUGGAGUGACUAUGUAAGUCAAAUGCUAGAACUGGACAAGCCACUGCCGGACCGUACAAGUAAAAGCUGGGAGCAGUUCACACAAACUCUGUACCGGUCAGAUUUCCAUGGCAGCUUACUUCAUGUGGUUCGUUCGAAAUGCCCAAGCUACGUCGGCAAGAGCGGCAUAUGUAUUAUGGACACGCGGAACACAUAUAAAAUAGUGUCGAAAGAUAACGUGGUGACUACAGUGCCUAAAUUCUGUUCAGUGUUUGAAAUGCACAUCAGGAAUGUUGCAGUGACUUUGUUUGGGAAGCAUUUGUGUGUACGGCCAGCAGAAAGGUCAUCUAAGAAAGUAAAGACUCAAUUGCAUCCUGAUCUAAUAUAAGAUACAUAGCUGGGCAAUGUUGAUCUGUUAACACAUAAUUAAAAUAGCAUAUUUGUAUUGUUGCAAUACUUGCAAUAGUGAUCUACUUAUCGUCGGGGAUAGUGCAAUACCGCAUAACUAACAAAUGCAGUAAGGUUCAAUUACCUUGUAGAUUGUUUGAAUUUCGAACUCUUACGACUUUGUUAGUUGCGCGGUAUUGUACUAUCCCUGACGUUAUAUUUAGUUUGGGUUCUGGAAGUUAUCAUGUGAACCCCAUGACAUUAGGUCUUUCAAUAAUAAAAUAAAAUAAAAACACUUAUUACUGAGA